AUGGUUAGGGAAGAGGAAGAUUGGAUGUGUCUUCUUUUUCAAGAUGGAUUAAGAAUGAUUGAUAUUGAAUCGAGAGAAUGGAUUUUGGAACAAGUUGACUUUGAUCAAGAUUGGCAAUAUGUUGCUUGUUCGAAUGUCUAUUCAAAGAAAAAGUCAACCAACUCACAACUUGAAAGAACUAAUGUUUCAAUGAAUUUGAAGAAUUUGAAGGAUUAUAUUGAUUGGAAGGAGUGUAAACAGGCCACUCAUGUAAAUAAGUAUUCCAAGUUUGCCAAAACUGCUGGUAAUAUUCAAUAUUACAAACCAGCUCAACCAAUUGUGAAAAAGAGCAAACUAAGCAAGGGUGUAAUGGACUUUGUUUCGUCUGAGAAUUUUGGAAUGGCCACCAUGUUGGUUUGUCCUCCUUUAAUACUCGCUCAUUGGUAUGCUGUUUAUCAAAAGGAAAGUAUAGAAUUGAAUAGUGCCCAAUAUUUCGAAUCUGAAUGGGUAUUCAAUAAUAGAGAACAAUGCCUGGAAUCAGUUGCCAUUCUAAAGAGUUAUCCUAAAUACAUUCAAAAACAUAUCAACCGAUACAGUCAAGAAGAAUUAGACAAAGUCUUUCCAAAGAAAAUUAUUUCCAAGAGAAUUGCCUACGACUAUAUUCGAAAGCACGGAUUUAACAUUGAAAAAGUUGAAUCCAAAACUGGAUCUACCACUCCUACUUUCUGUAUCAAGUGUGGAUCUGAAAUUUUGAUCGAGUUCAUUUCCUCAUUCCAAUUUUGCCUUAACCUUAUCAAGUUGUUUACUUUCAUGUCAGUUUCAUUCAUUUCAAGAACUAUGGCUCUUUCAGUCAAUAUUCUGUAUGAACAAUUGAGACGUGUCAAUGAAGAAACUUCACACAAUGAGGAACCUUUACAAUCAUCACCAGAUGGAGAAGCCAUUCUUUAUCAUACAAAGUUAAUUUAUUCAUGUGAAUAA